GCGGGGCCGCAGCUUCGCGCUGGAACCGGGAAUCACCCGGGAGCGCCUCCGACAGCGGAUGUCGUUCCCAGUAGCGGAGGCUGGGCUGUGGGUGUCGCGGCUGAGGGGGACAGGAGGCGGCAGCGAGCAGCGUAGAAGGACAGGGCGCGGGCAGCCCGCGGGUUGAGGGGCGUCCACAGGGGCUUGGGGAAGAGAGGGAGCAGGCGGGGGCUGCAGCGAGGCGAGGGCUGCCGGAUGUUUGACAGCACGCCAGUGGGAAGCUUCCCUGCCCUGAACAAUCGGGAUGCGGAGCAGAAAACGCUGGGUCCGGCUUGAACCGCGCGGUGCUGGGUCCCGUUCGGGAUGAGAGCGGCGGGAACCGCGCGGUGCUGGGUCCCGUUCGGGAUGAGAGCGGCGGGGCCGAGGAGCCUCACCUCACCUGAGAGAAGGAAUUGCAGUAGCACGGAAGGAAAUUCUUCCUGAUGGACAGCUGAGCACAGCAGGCCUCUGAGAUUCUGCAAGCUGAGGCGGGCUGGGCUGGCGCCAUGUUCAGCAAGGCCGUGCUGGUGGAGUCGCUGCUGGUGCUGGGCGCGGUGCUGUCGGUGCACGCCGCGGUGUGGGACCGCUUCUCGUGGUGCGCCCUGGCCUUGGCCCUGCAGGCCUUCUACGUGCAGUUCAAAUGGGACCGGCUGCUGCAGCAGGGCGGGGCCGUGUUCCAGUUCCGGGGGGCGGCCAACAGCGGGCUGCUGCCCGCCAGCAUGGUCAUGCCCCUGCUGGGGGUGGUGAUGAAGGAGAGGUGCAGGGCCGCCGGCAUGGUGUACUUCGAGCGCUUCGGCGUCGUGGUGGCGUCCGCGGGAAUGCUGCUGGCGCUCUUCCUGUCCGUCCUGGCGGUUGGCAUCACCAAACCCGUGCCGACCAACACUUGCAUCCUGACCGGUGUUGCUGGCAGCGUAAUUAUCUACACCAUGAAGCAUUCCUUGACUGUGUCAGAAGUGAUAGAGGUGCUGGAAGUGCUGCUCAUUUUCGUCUACCUCAGUAUGAUCUUGCUGUACCUGUUGCCUCGGUGUUUUACUCCCGGGGAAGCGCUGCUGGUUCUUGGAGGUGUAAGUUUUGUUCUCAAUCAGCUCAUUAAACGCUCACUGAAUGUAAUCGAGGGCAGAGGGGACCCCAUUGACUUCUUCCUUCUGGUAGCAGUUGUCGGAGUUGUUCUUCUUGGUCUUUUUUUCUCUGUGCUCUUCACUUUCAUGGAUUCGAGCACAUGGAUCUCCUCCAUGUUUUUCCACAUGAUGACAGCAGUGUUAGGCUUAGGGGUCAUCAUGCCUUGGCUGUACCGACUGAUCCAGAGGAACCCUUUGUUCUGGCUGCUCCAGUUUCUGUUUCAGACACAGACAAGACUUUACCUCAUUGUGUAUUGGACCUUCUUGGCCGCCUCAGCAUGCGGGGUGGUUUUCUACCAGAAUGCUAAGAGAUCAUCUGAAUCUAAAAAACACCAGGCCUCAACUAUAACCAGGAAGUAUUUCCACUUCAUUGUUGUAGCUACUUAUGUUCCUGGGCUCAUUUAUGACCGCCAGCUCCUCUACGUUGCUGCAGUGCUGUGUCUGGCAGUGUUUAUCUUCUUAGAGUACGUUCGCUACUUCAGGAUCAAACCUUUUGGACAAACCCUGAGGCAUUUGCUCUCUCUCUUCUUGGAUGAAAGAGACAGUGGACCUCUAAUCUUGACUCAUAUUUAUCUCCUCCUUGGCAUGUCUCUCCCAGUGUGGUUAUUUCCCAGAUCUUGUGCUCCUAAAGGCACCUUGCCCGGGGCAGGAGCACUGGUCCCCUACUCUGGGGUGCUGGCAGUAGGGGUGGGAGACACCAUUGCCUCUGUUUUUGGCAGUACACUGGGGGAAAUGAAAUGGCCAGGAACAAAGAAGACCUUUGAAGGGACAAUGACAGCUAUUUUUGCCCAGAUCAUUGCUGUGGCUCUCAUUCUGAUCUUUGACAGCAGUGUGAAUCUGAACUCCAGCUAUGCCUGGAUUCUGGCAUCUGUGAGUUUGGUUUCUCUUUUGGAAGCUUACACUACUCAAAUUGAUAAUCUGCUGUUGCCUCUCUACCUCCAGAUCAUGCUCAUGGCAUAGAAGCACUUCCAGGAACAGAGUUUUCUCCCUUCCUAGAGAAAGGUACUAGAAAAUGCACUUUAAUGAAAGCUCAAAGAUGAUGUUUUGGUACAGCAGAGAAAAUUGUUGAGAACAGAAAUGAAAAAGUCUUACUGUCUUACUUAAAAUAAAGGUUUUGAUUUGGUCUUGUUUUUACCCAUCAAAAAUAGACAGAUUUAUGUUCUAACAGCAACAAGCAUGACUGAUAAAAACAGCACUUGUGUUUAAUAAUCCAAUUUAAGUUUCUUCUGCAUACCCAAGGGAAGCAGAGGAAGAAGAGGUAAGUCAAUUAGAGAGGACAAAAUAAACAAGCAAGUCUCCAGGAUGUUGCUACCUCUGUACUGUACCUUGUUUUCUGUACCAAGUCCUACGUCUUGUGUUUGAUGUGUGAACUCUCAUAUCUGUAUAAGCACGAUGUGAAGCAUGUUUGAUAACGAGGGGGCCACAGGAACCAGGUACAAGUGUCCAGCUAUGUCCAGUCCUCAUCAGCAAGAGCCAAAACCACACCACGAUGCACAAACACAACUCCAAAACCAGCAGCUGCCACAGCUGAGUUGUCCAGGGUGGGUGGGGAAGGUUUGGGGAUGUCAGACACUGCUCAUUCCAGACCAUACUAAUAAGAACAGUGAAUCUUUAGCCCUGAAGUU